AUGGUGGCUUUCGAGAGUGAGGUCCUGAGCAAGCUAUGCUCCCAGGAUCAGCUCGAACUCCUUGACGCCAUCGAUCAGCUUCGCUUAAACGGGAUCAACAACUAUGUUUCCCUUCCUCAAAUCAUCGUGUGUGGAGAUCAAUCUUCAGGCAAAAGCUCCGUGCUACAGGCCAUCUCGGGGGUGUCGUUCCCAGUCAAUGGAAACCUCUGCACUCGCUUUCCUACCGAGUUAGUUUUGCGCCGGACACCCCACGUAAGCGCCAAAGUAUCUAUCGUCCCAAGCGACUCUCGGACCGAAUCUGAACAGGCUUCGCUGCGUGGAUUCCAGGAACACCUAGACGACUUUGCGGGUCUCCCCAAGCUGAUCGACGAGGCUAAGCUUGCGAUGGGCAUUUCAACACAUGGUGAAGCCUUCGCCAAAGACAUCCUCAGGGUUGAAAUCACAGGUCCUGACCGUCCGCACCUCACCAUCGUUGAUCUGCCUGGUCUCAUUCACUCUCCGACAAAGCAGCAGUCGGCCUCCGAUGUUGAGCUUAUCCAAGAAGUUGUGCAGGGCUAUAUGAACGAGCCCAGGUGCAUCAUCUUGGCUGUCGUCUCUGCCAAGAAUGACUUUGCCAACCAGGUGGUCCUCAAGCUGGCGCGUGCCGUGGACAGCAUUGGUAGUCGGACAUUGGGGGUCAUCACAAAGCCCGAUGACUUGACCCCAGGAUCUGACCGUGAAGCUCUUUAUCUAUCUCUCGCAAGAAACCAGCAAUUCGAGUUCCGCCUUGGCUGGCAUGUACUGAGGAAUAUGGAUUCUGAGAAAGGCACUUCAACUCUGGGUGAGCGUGAUGCCAACGAAGCAGAGUUCUUCCGCAAAGGUUCCUGGACCGGGUUGCUCUUUUCUCAUCUCGGCAUUUCCAACUUGAGGACUCGUCUAAGCAAGGUUCUUCUGGGACAGAUUGCAGCUGAACUCCCAAGCUUGCUGAGCGAGAUUGACGAAAAGUUCAAAGCCUGUCAACUUCAGCUCGAAACGCUCGGCCAACCCAGAGAUUCGCCUGACGAACAAAGACGGUACCUCCUUCACCUAAGCCAGGCGUUCCAGGCUUUAGUUACGGCUUCAACGAGCGGCAGUUACAACGGCGAGUUCUUCGAGGACGCAAUGACAGCGGUUGGAUAUAAACAGCGCAUCCGAGCUGUCAUCCAGAACCUCAAUGAAGCGUUCGCCAAGGAGUUGGCAAAGGCGGAGCAUUUUCGGGUCAUUGGGGAUUUUGAGUCAACAUCAAACCUCGGGGCUUCGCUUAAACCACGGCAGGUGACGAGGGAUGAAUUUUUGAACCACAUUGAGGAGGUGAUUCGGAGGACCCGUGGACGGGAGCUGCCGGGCACGUUCAACCCACUGGUUGUUGUGACGCUUUUUCAUGAGCAAUCUCAGCACUGGGAACAGGUUGCUCGCCAGCAUGUCGAGAAGAUGUGGCGAGCUGCUGGUCGCUUUCUAGAGUUGGUCAUCGAUCACAUUGCAGACCGCUCAACCUCUCGUGGGUUGAAGAACGAGAUCUCUGGGCCUGCCAUGCAAAGAAUCAGGAGGGAGGUAGCCGACAAGACCGCCGAGCUGGUUGCACCGCAUCAAAAGGGUCAUCCCAUCACAUACAACCAUUAUUUCACCGAAACGCUCCAGAAGGUCCGGCGCGAGAGGGACUCCAAGAGGACAGCGAGAAUUCUCCGUAACUUCUUCCAGAUUUCUGACACAAAUGAUUUAACCAGCGUGCUGAUUGCGCAUCCUGACUCCGGCGAUGUUGCUGUGUGGGAUAUCCAGAGCUUGGUUACGUCCCUUGCCGACACCAACGAGCCAGAUAUGUGCCGCUUUGCAGCCAACGAAGCUUUGGAUUGCCUGAACGCCUACUAUAAGGUGAGAACUUGCACUCUCCCUCUCUCCACUAUAUUUGCCUCAAGUACAAUUUUUAACGGUCGACAGUCCGAAGAGAAUCGCGCCGAACGUGAACAGCUUACCAAACAGCUUAAUGUCUUGCGAAACGGUCUUGAGACUUGUAAGAGGUUCGCGGGGUUUCGGGCCAGUGGUGGUAAGCUUGAUGUCUCAUGUUUGUAUUCGAGUUCACCGUGUGCUUUGUUUCUGACUCGCUUCUCAGACUCAGUAUUUGUGUCUAUCAAGGCAGCUGGCAAUUCCCCUAUGACUGGCGACUACGAUAGCGACAUGGAAUCUCUGGUGAAGAUAGAAGAAACCGAUGCACAGCGAGAACGGGAAACAUCUUCUAUUAGGUCACCUCCCAUCUCGCUAGAAGAGCCAGAACCGGGACCGGAAGUAGAGCUUGAGCCGGAGCCUGAGCCGGAGCCGGAGCCGGAGCCAGAAGAGUACAACUGGUCUCCGCGAGUUCAGAACAAGAAAAGGGCUAGGAGGCCAGGGAAGAUACAGUAUUAG